UCCACAUCUGAGAGUGCAGCCUUCUCCAUCCAGCUGAGAGGGAAUUAUGUGUGCAAGAGGAGUCAGGGCUCCCUUCCCAGCUCCUGGCUCACACUGCUAGGACUGCCGUGCCUGCCGCACACCCAGCUGCGUGCCCGAGGAUGCUGCACCUGAAAGUCCAGUUCCUGGAUGAUUCCCAGAAGAUCUUUGUAGUUGAUCAAAAAUCCUGUGGGAAAGGGCUCUUCAACCUCACCUGCAGUCACCUCAACCUUGUGGAGAAGGAGUAUUUUGGGCUGGAGUUUCACAGCCAGGCUGGGAACCAGGUCUGGUUGGAACCACUAAAACCCAUAAUAAAGCAAGUCAAAAAUCCUAAGGAGGUUCUUUUCAAAUUUAUGGUGAAAUUUUUCCCAGUGGACCCCGGCCACCUGAGAGAAGAACUGACCAGGUACCUCUUCACCCUCCAGAUCAAGAAGGACCUGGCACAGGGGCGGCUGCCCUGCAGCGACAAGAGCGCGGCGCUGCUCGUCUCCCACCUGCUGCAGUCCGAGCUGGGCGACUUCCACGAGGAGACAGACCAGCAGCACCUGGCCACGCACAGGUACCUGCCCAACCAGGAGUACCUGGACAACAAGAUCAUGCACUACCACCGGAGACACAGAGGGAAGACGCCGGCCGAGUCGGACGUUCAGCUGCUGGACGUGGCCAGGAAGCUGGAGAUGUACGGGAUCCGCCCGCACCCCGCCAGCGACGGCGAGGGGACACAGAUCAACCUGGCCGUGACACACAUGGGGGUGCUGGUGCUGCGGGGUAAUACAAAGAUCAACACCUUCAACUGGUCCAAAAUUCGCAAACUGAGUUUCAAGAGGAAGCAUUUUCUCAUCAAGCUCCAUGCAAACAUCUCUGCACUGUGCAAGGACACGCUGGAGUUCACUAUGGUGAGCCGGGACACCUGCAAGGCCUUUUGGAAGACGUGUGUGGAGUACCACGCCUUCUUCAGGCUCUCUGAAGAGCCCAAGUCAAAGCCCAAAGCCCUUCUGUGCAGCAAAGGUUCCAGCUUCCGCUACAGUGGGAGGACGCAGCGGCAGCUGCUGGAGCACGGGAGGAAGGCUAAGAUGAAGAGCCUGCCCUUCGAGAGGAAACACUACACAUCCCGCUACGAUGAGAGGCAGUGCCGCUCCUCCCCGGACCUCCUGACGGAUGUAUCAAAGCAGGUGGAGGAGCUGCGCCUGGCCUACGGCAGCCGGGGCUCCUACCACGCCAACGGAGUGCACGGCUCCGAGCCCACCCUGGACAGCCGGCGCCGCAGCUCCACCAUGGAGGUGACGUUUGCCGCUGAGCUGGAGCGCUCCAAGCCCGAAGUAUCCCCCACCUUCCUGCCCCACUCCAAAAGCUCGUCGGCCUUCCCCCUGCUCUACGCCGAGCUGGAGAUGGAGAGAGCGUGGGAGCCCAUCGACCUCUUCGGAGCCAGGAAUCCCUUGACAUCCUUUCGGCCCCACCAGUUCGCUGGGAACAGUAAAAGCACCUCUGUGGGCAACAUGCGGGAAGUGAGCGCCCGGCAGCUGGUGUACACGGAUGUGCCCUGUCCCCUGCCCGUGGUGGCCCCGGCCCCCCCUGUGCUCUUCUAUCUGGACAGGGCGCUGCAGUCCCCAUGCCCUGCACUGGCCCCUGGCGAGGACACAGCAGGGCCAGCUGGUGCAAGCGGCCCUGUGGCAGCAAAACCCCCCCGGCAGAGCCCGAGCGGGACCCAGGCUGGGCAGUUCCACGGGGAGGCUGCAGGCACGGCCAUGGGCACGAGCACGGUGGGGGAGAACAGGUCACUGGCUCGCGCCUUCGAUUACGGCUUUCAGGAGCAGCCUCCCAAGCGGUCCUGGAGCCAGUCGGACAUGAAAACCAUCCGCUUCCCCUACGGCUCUGAGUUCAGGCCCCUGGGGCCGUGCCCUGCCCUGAGCAGCCGCAAAGGGGGCGUUUUUUGGCACGUCCCAGCCCAGCACGGGCUGGCUCCGGGGCCGCGGCGCUCCACCGAGCGCUACCUGGGCAGCAGCACCGAGUCCAGCGACUCCGACUCGGACCUGCUGGCCGCUGACUACUGCUCCCUGUACGGCCGCGUGCUGCGCUCACCCAUGGCCCGCGUGCGGCUCUCCUCGGGCAGCCUCCAGCUGGAUGAGGAGGAUGAGGAGGUGUCCUUUGCCACCAGCUCUGCUGAAGAGAGGAUUUCCAGAGGGGCCUCCAAGUAUUUCACCUAGGUGCCUGACACCAGCCAGAGGGAGCAGAGGUGGCCGGUGCUGACCCAGGGUCAAAGAAUGGUGACACUGUUCAUUUGCAGGUCUGCUUACAGCUUAUGAAACAUUGAUGGGAUCGUGUUGUGUGAGUGGUCUUAGCUAUAGAGGAUGUGUUAAUGGGCAUCAGGGUGUGUUCAGAAGUAUUCAACCCCUGUACCACACUUGGAAGCUGGUUUGCCUCCCCGCUUGCUUCAGCCAGGGGCCAGGGAUCUCCUAAAGCCCUGCUAAGCCCCUGUGACCUGCCCAAGCUGAUGCUUGGAGCUCAGCUGCUGGAGUCUUCAUUGAGGGGGAGGGAGAAAAUGAGACUUCUCACAGAAUAGUUUCAGCUGCUGCUUUUCCCAGCUGCAGGGUGGCACACUGGAGGAAAGGGUGUUUCAGGCCCUUUUGGAAAGGAGCAAGAUCUUCAUGGGAGGCUGCUCCUCGAGCAGAGGACAAAACCCCAGCACAGAGCCCAUCUCCUCCACCUGCCUCACCUCCCUCCAGUGCUGCAGGGAGCACCUGGCCCUCAAAGACAAGGCUCUGUGCGUGGCUGUCUUCUUCCUGGCCAGUUUAGAGGAUUAUCCUUCUCCAGAAAUAUCUCAGUAGUGCUUGUCAAGCUUUUAGAAGCCCCCCAUGGUGAGCACUGGGAAGUGGGUUCACACUAACUGUGCUUUGCUUAGGCACAUCAGCCAUCAGCUCCUGGCAGCACCGUGACAGCCCCAGUACCUCAGUGCUCUGCUUAAAUCUGAGGGAGCGAGAUGUGUAAGGGGGUUCUUUGGGGUGCUUUGCUUCCCCAGAUCUGUCCUCAGUUAAGCAGCAUGGGAAAAAAGAUACCAGGAGCAGGUAAGAAAGGAACAAGCAGCUUUUUGGAAGUAUUUUUAUUUAAAAGCUUACUAUUACCCUAAACCUACAUGAAAUCUACUUGGAAAUCUUGAGAAUGAUGACACCGCCAUAAGAUUUUAGGGGGGGAUCUUGAUAAUUUUCUUUAAGAACAACCCUGUAAGUCUUUGUAGGACAUGACUGCAAGCAGGGAGACAGCCCAGAAAAUCCAUGGUGGAGAAACCACUGCAGCAGGCUAGAAGGAUUUCAGAAACACAAAAACUGGGACAAAAAAAAUAUAUUAAAUUGUAGAAAAGACCUGGGCUUAUGGGUCCUGCUCACUCUGCAUGUUGCUGUCCUUUG